AACCCCUUAGUCACUGGGUUUUUAUGAUGAAAACCCAACUGGAAACCUCUUUUAUAAUCAUAUUAAUCAUAUUAUUAUUUAAUUCUUCAGUAGGUACCAAUCAGGACUAUAAGGAAUCGUUGUUGCUAAAGUUAUUGCCUGAUGGUAAAGUAUUGGCACAUUUUGAUCACGUGAUCACAUGGAAUCACAUCUCACCUUUAGAUAUGACAGCAUUCUCAAAUGUCAGACAUUACGGUAUUUUCCCAAGGCCAGUCUCAGAGAUGAUUUCCCUGUACAACGUAGAGGAGCUUUAUUUAUCAUUGACCCGUGGGAAAUGGAAGGAUCGAUUGUGGGGCUAUCCUCCUAUUGAUUCACCUCCAGGGGCGGAGCUAUGGGCGUGGUUCCUACCUCAAGCUAGCGAUGUAGACGAGGAUUGGAGGGGACUGUUGCAUGCUCUUUCGGGUUUACUUUGUUCCUCUUUUGAUGCCAUCGACUCAACAACCACUUUCAUACCAAAAACUUCUUUUAAACCUACCGGAGCUUUUAUUGGUAAUAUUUCCUCCAGUCGUUUAAGAUAUACUGCGUUGCCACGGGAGCCAGUCUGUACUGAAAAUUUGACCCCCUGGAGCAAACUACUGCCCUGUGGACAGAAGGUUGGACUUGGUAGUCUCUAUUACGCACUGAAACUGUACGAUACUAACUAUCACUCGAUUUCAUUAAAGAUAGUACCCUCAUGUCAAGAUGAUAGCUGUAGUUCAGUUGGUACUGCUGUGACCCUCUCUCUCUCUGUGGUCUUUAAACUACCGUCAGGAAAGACUUGGUCUCUUUCUUCAUUGUUUGGCAGACAUAUUGAAAAGAAGUGCCCUUUAUCUUCUUCAUCUUUCAUUUAUUUUGAUAAAUAUUUGCACAAAGACAUCAACUUAUACCCAGAACCACAUUUCAUUGAAAAUAAACAAUUUUUAUCUUCUAAUGUUGAACUCUCAGUCUACGAAUUAAACAAUUUAAAAAGUGACAUUAAAGUCUCGUUAAAAAAUAAGAAUUAUAGUCAAGUUAUGCCACACCCUCCCUCUCCACUCUCAAUUCAAAGAUACUUAACAGGCUCCGGUCAUGGCAGGGGAGGUAUUGUUACUAUAAUUAGUAACAAUGAUGAUGAGUCAUUGAAAGUCUCAUUCCUGGACAUGGUCCCUUGGUUCUUCAGAAUACUGUACCACACGCUAACCUGUGAAUUAACGAUUAAUAAUAAUAAUAAUAAUAAGAUCAAUUGUGAAGAAACUAAUAACACAAUUUUAUUUAAAGAGUUUUCUCCUGCAAAGGAUAGAGUCCUUCCUUACAAAAUGGAGUACAUAUUUUUCAUUCCGCCUCAUUCAAGCAUUAGUUUGUACGUUGAGUUCUUAAGAGGUUUCUUAAAAUGGAAUGAGUAUCCUCCGGACGCUAGUCUUGGGUUUUUUAUCAAUUCAGCAGUUCUAACGUCAAAUGUUUAUAAAUGUGCAAACUGCACUGUAUCAACAAUGGAAAACAGGAGUUCUUUUCUAUUAAGGAUACAUUCAGAUCCAUUAUUAGUAUCCCUUCCUAUCCCUGAUUUCAGUAUGCCUUACAAUGUGAUAUGUUUUGUCAGUACUGUCAUUGCCAUUGGCUUUGGGUCUCUAUUCAAUUUAACGACACGAGAACUGCUACCAGUCAAUGAGGAGGAGGAAGAGAAGAAAGGAGUGCUUGUUAGAAUAAUAAAUAAAUUAAAACAAUUGUUUCUGCGUAAAGAUUAAUUUUUUGUAAAUAAUCCAUUGCACUCAGCACUCAGUA